UAACAGGAACAGUAAAACAGUACUGUUAGAAAUCGAUAACAUUGCAAUCGAAGCCAUUUAUCGCAGAUGGCACACGCUGGUGUCCGCGUUUCACUGUGAACUGCUCUAAUUCGCGUUGUUCGGCAAAAGUUACAAGUUAUUUGCAACGCGGCGGUUUGCAGGUUGUUUAAGUUAUUUAGCCUAUGCAUUAGUGCACCCACCACCGCGCCAAUGCCAACACUCUAGAAAAUACGAAAUUAUUUCUGCAGCCAAGCGGGAAAAGAGGCAUUGAACAAAACAUCAGAAACAUGGACGUAUCCCAGCCGCCACCGCAGCUGCUCACGGCACCCUCUGCCCUGGCCACCAACUUUACAUCGCUGCCCCCGCCAAACAUGGGCGGCCAGCACUAUCGGUUCCAUCAGCACCAUGGGUCCAACAAGCACGGAUACAACCAAUUCAAACCCUUCAUGCCCGGCGGCUUCCAGCGGCCUUUCGGAAUGUCCCAGGACGACUUCGACGGCAAGCGGCUGCGGAAAAGUGUAAUGCGAAAGACGGUGGACUACAACGCGUCUAUCAUCAAGGCGCUGGAGAACCGAUUAUACCAGCGUGAUUAUCGGGACCGCCUGGCCUUACAGCCGGACAGCAUUUAUGUGCCCCAUAUGGUGCCGCCCUCAGCUUACUUGGACAAUCCCUCAAACGCAGUGACCACAAGGUUCGUAAAGACGGCUACAAAUAAGAUGCGAUGCCCGAUUUUUACACUGGCCUGGACGCCGGAGGGUAGACGCUUAGUUACCGGGGCCAGUUCCGGCGAGUUUACGUUAUGGAACGGCCUAACCUUCAAUUUCGAGACCAUUCUGCAGGCCCACGACAUUUCUGUGCGCACGAUGGUGUGGUCGCACAACGACAGCUGGAUGGUGACCGGCGACCAUGGCGGCUAUGUUAAGUACUGGCAGUCCAACAUGAACAACGUGAAGAUGUACCAGGCGCACAAGGAGGCGAUUAGGGGAAUAAGUUUCAGUCCUACCGACAGCAAGUUUGUCAGCGGCAGCGACGACGGGACCCUGAGGAUAUGGGACUUCAUGCGGUGUCAGGAGGAGCGAGUGCUACGAGGCCACGGAGCUGACGUCAAGUGCGUGCACUGGCAUCCACAAAAGGGAAUGAUCGUCAGCGGAAGUAAGGACAACCAGCAGCCCAUCAAAAUUUGGGAUCCAAAGAGCGGCAUUGCCCUCGCUACUUUACACGCCCACAAAUCCACCGUAAUGGAUCUGAAAUGGAACGACAAUGGCAACUGGCUGGUCACCGCAUCCAGAGAUCAUCUGCUCAAGCUCUUCGACAUUCGCAACCUGCGGGAGGAGGUUCAGGUCUUCCGUGGUCACAAGAAGGAGGCCAGCUCAGUAUCCUGGCAUCCCAUACACGAGGGCCUCUUUUGCUCUGGCGGCUCCGAUGGUUCCAUUUUGUUUUGGAAUGUUGGUACCGAUAAGGAGAUCGGCUGUGUGGAGACGGCACAUGACAGCAUUGUUUGGACUCUUGCCUGGCAUCCGCUGGGUCACAUUCUGUGCUCUGGCUCCAAUGAUCAUACGAUCAAAUUCUGGACGAGGAACAGACCGGGAGAUCUAAUGAGAGACAAAUACAAUCUAAACACAUUGCCUGCUAGCCUGGCUGCCCUGGACGAGUGUGAAUACGAUGAUGCAAUUAUACCGGGAAUGGGACCCGAGGACCGGGUGGAGUUUACUGAAAGUUUAACUGCCGACAAAGGCUUUAUUCCCGGCUUGGAUUUGGAUCCUACCAAAGCAAUAAAUGACCGCGACCGGGAAAAAAAGGUCCCGUACAGCAAGCCCAUUCCCCGCAACUUCCAGGUGAACUGGGCAGGUCCCAGGAGAGCGGACGAUCCCAGCGUGCUCAGCAUUCACGAGGAGCUGGCCGCCCGCGAGGCCAAGGACACCACUAGCGGACUGAACCACCAGCAAAUCAGCGAGAACACAAUGGAGGGCAUCUUGGCCAGCGGCAUGCUUAACGGCCUCGAUCCCCAAACCAUUGUCGGGGUCCUCGUGUACAACCGGUUCAUUCGUGUGCACCCGGACUCUCGACUAAUGGCAGCUAUCCGUCAGGGAGCUGAGUUUCUCAACAAGUACAUCGACGCUGGAAAGCUGGAGGAGCUAAAUGAUGUAGUUCCAGUGAGAGAUAGGUCCAGAUCUGUAUCCCCCACAGUGGAGGCACGUGGGGAGGUUGUUUCCCCGCCCACCAAGAAGUCCCGCUUCGAACCACGUCAGCAUAACGCCCAGUUGGUGUGCGUUCGAGAAUUAAUGCAACUGAAAAAGCCCUUCCUACAGUCACUAGUCGCAUCGAAAGCACAGCAACCCAACACGGAGUUUGUGGACGAACCGCCGCUAGAGCAAAGGGAUAGGGAGCGGGAACGAGACGGAGAGCGCGAAAGUCAGCGGGAGCGCGGUCGUGAACGGGAGAGAGACCAAUCAGGGGGCAGGCCCAAUCCCUGGGCUUCAAAUGCCCCGUGGUCAAACAAUGGCAAUCCUGGAGGCAAUGGCAAUGGAUCCAAUGGCUUUAGCAACAGUGGCGCGGAUGGUUUCAACGAUCGGGAACGAGGUGGCCAACGUCGUCGGCGGGGCAACAACAACAACGCCGGUCCUGGGAACGGCGGCGGAGGCGGUGGGAGCAACCGAAAUCGCGGUCGCAACAACAACAACAGGCGUUACUAAUCGCUAUCCCACCAACACACCCAUUUACACAUUCUUCAGUUAUAAGCCACAUUAUGUCGUUGACUCAAUCUCUUUUGCAACUUUUGCUUUGUAAUGCUUAAAUCAAUUUAUAUUGCUUUACAAGAAACGAAAAGAAAUUCGGAUUGUAAUAUAUUAUACGUAUUGUAUCUAA